AUGAGCGAGUCAGAGGAAGAGGCAGACAAAGGCCUCCUAGGCGCAUGCUUUAGUCUCAAGGAUGGCUCAAUGUGGCAGGUUGUUGAGCCAUUGUCUGAACUGAAGUAUCAGCGAAACAUUUCGCCGUUCGAGGCUCGACAGGUCUUUACGUGCGUUCUUCGUAAAGACCCAGCUCACAGGUACACUGGCAUACAAGAGGCUGUUGUAAAGGUGAAGUACCAGAUUCGCGGAACACAGGACACCAUCAGCGAGUACGAAGAUGACAUUAGAAUGUGGGCGCUCGCAGUGGAGGAAUCUCCAGACAACGAACGCUUUGCCGACAAUCUAGCCGAUGCUCAGGAAGGCCUUAGGGCUGCUAUAGAGCCACGCUACACGCCUCACUGCUACACCAUUAACGAGGUGCAAGCACUCAAGCAUCUAACUGCAGAGGGUUGUGCCUAUACCCCGCAGUUCCUAGGAUUCACUUUAUACACUGUAGAUGAUGAAAUCGACGAGAUUGCAAUGCCCGGUGGCUACAUUGCUUUCCUCGUCAUGACGAAACUACCGGGCCGGUCGAAGUCUUACGAUUACGAGUAUUGGAAGCUCCCGCGCUUACUUGUCAAACCUUCCCCCCCCGGGGCGAUGCUGAACAUUGGUAGAAACGUCUGGGCGCUCGGUAUCGACCCUCGUGACCGCGCUACACGGAAUAUCAUGUGGGAUGAGGAAAGCAAGAAAUGUUACAUUGUCGACUUUGAAGACUACGAGGUCAUAGACCUUGAAAAGCCGGAAGAGAUGCCGUCAUUCGGUGACUGGGUUUACCAAAGUUGGGGUCUCGCCGCCAUCCCAACAGCCAUCGGCACCAGCGUCGGUGCCGCAGAAGCCAUCCGCCAACAGGACGUCCUCGACGAAGAAGCCGAAUCCGAUGAACGCCAACAUCCAUUCCACCUAGACGUAUACUGCGAUGCGCAAUCUCGCAAACGCGAUGAGGUGCACGGAAGCAUGGUAGUUCUGAAAGACGGCAAGCUCCGCCUCUGGCCCCAAGAUCCGAAAACAAAGCUCCCGAAACCGCAUCCCGAUGGGUCGCCGGCACCGCAUCCAUUCACGGGGUUUUACUACCCCUUCCCGGUAGACGAACUCCCGAACAGACCCAUUCCGGCGGUGCCAGUGCUGGGUUUGGUCAGCACCGUUCCUCCUGAUCCCAAACACUCGUUUUCCUCCAAUUCCAGGUCUGGAAAGCCAAAAUUGAACUGGGUAUAUGUGGAUAAGCAUACAAGAGAAGUGAGGUAUGGACCGCGAACUGAAGCAAGGCAGCACAUCAUUGGGCCGUGGGACUGGACAGAGGAAGACGAGCAGGGACUCACGCUCGGUGGGGAGGAGAGCUUGGUUGUUGUCGAGGAGGAGAAGGGCGGGUAUGGCUGGGCGAUCUACUAUGACCAGGAAGAUAACAGGUUGAAGAAGUACGAGGUCGGAAAGACAAAGCGCGUACUGCGAUGCAGUCUCGAGCGAAGAGUGAUUGACGAAGAAGAUGUGGUCUAG